CUAUAUUAAAUGAAUUCGAUCCUCCCCAUCAUGGAAGCCUACCUUCUUUGAGCUUGAGCUCUCUCAACAAUUGUUCCAAAACAAACCCACCCAUCAGCUCCAACUUCUUGCAUGCGAGAUGGAUCUUGAAGAAGAGUGGGAACUCCUCCCUGACGAGGGAUUCCUCCAGGUCCAUGAUGAUGGCGGCAAGAAAAUUUUCUCGAGAAAAUAUGGGCCUGCUGCUGAUCCCAAAAGCACCGUCUUCGACAUGGACUACUUCAUAUGCCCAUCAUCAGUACCAUCACCUGCUUCUGCUGAUUCUGAUCUUGUUCCGGUUCUUCCGAUUCAGCUGGAACCAAGACUUGAUCGGGAAUCAUUAAAACAAGUAGACACAAUUGAAGUGGAGAAGCUGCUUAAUUGUCCGAAUACAGCCGAGCAGGACACUGUUUCCCAAGUUUUCUUCAAGAAAAUGAAGGAAAAUGAAUUCGUCGACAUGAAAAUGGACUCCCCCAAGUCCGGUGGCAUGGGGAUCGUGCCUCAGCUUGAGGACAAAACCAAAACAGAGAAAGAGACUUUGAACUUGGAUCCAGACACCAAAGAAGAUGAGGCCGUCGCCGCCGCCGCCUCCAACAUGUGGAAGUGGAGCUUGAACGGAAUUGGAGCCAUCUGCUCUUUCGGCGUGGCUGCUGCGGCUGCCACCAUUUGGGUGGUCGUCUUUGGAGGCCACCAGAAAAGCAAGCUUCCCCAUAGCCAAAAGCUUCAGUUCCAGAUCUACACAGACGAUAAGAGGAUGAAGCAGGUGGUUCAUCAUGCUGCUAAGCUGAACGAAGCAAUCUCAGCGGUGAGAGGAGUGCCCCUGAGCAGAGCCCAUAUUACAAUUGGUGGCUACUAUGAUGGAAUUUAGCAGAGUAGUUGGGCUUCUCUUCUCAGAUCAGAUGAUCCCCAUCUUCCACCAGAUUCAGGCGCUUUCCUUCCACACAUAUGUAUGAAUCUAUAUAUUUGCCUUUUUUGUAUAUGAAUUAGUAUAUGUUCCAGAGUGUAACUAAAGAAUUCUAUUUCCAGCUGGUUGUAUAAUUGGUAUACUAUACUAUUAAUAAUCAUUGGUGCAUAUAUAUAUAUAUAUAUAUUGGUGGGUUUUAAUCAA